ACAAAUUCUCAAUAGUCUCAUUCAAAUUUCCCUCCCUUAAUUUCCUCCUCUUUUUCUCCUUCUCGACAUAUAUAUCGCCUUCAUAUCUCAUUCAACUAAUCAAACUUGAUUCAUCGAUGACCAUUAUCGUAUAAUCUCAUGCUAAAAGGCAUUGGCAUAGAAAAAAGCAGCUGAUCAAGAUCAUUUCAAACCUCAAAUAUUUUCCAAAGAAAAUGAAUCCCCUGGAUGAGUACAGAAUCAAGGACACGAAGCCGCGGCUGGGCGAGCGGUGGCCGCACGGCGGCGGGCGCAGCUGGAUCGGGGGCGACAAGAUCACGACCACCUACGACCUAGUGGAACAGAUGUUCUACCUCUACGUCCGCGUGGUCAAGGCUCGCGAUCUCCCCACCAACGCAGUCACCGGCGGCUGCGACCCCUACGUCGAGGUCAAGCUCGGCAACUACAAGGGCAAAACGCAGCGUUUCGAGAAGAAAAGCAGCCCCGAGUGGAACCAGGUCUUCGCCUUCUCCAAGGACAAGAUUCAGUCUUCCGUCGUCGAGAUUUUCGUGCGAGAGAAGGAGAUGGUCGGGAGAGACGACUACCUCGGGAGGGUCGACUUCGACCUUAACGAGGUUCCCACGAGGCUCCCGCCGGAUAGCCCCCUCGCCCCGCAGUGGUACCGCCUCGAGGAGCGCCGCCGCCCCGCCGCCGAGAGCAGGCUGAGAGGCGAAGUCAUGCUCGCGGUGUGGAUCGGAUCGCAGGCGGAUGAGGCGUUUCCCGAGGCAUGGCACUCGGACGCCGCCGCCGUGCAUGGCGACGGUGUGUUUAGCGUGCGGUCCAAGGUGUACGUCUCGCCCAAGCUGUGGUACCUUCGGGUCAACGUGAUCGAGGCGCAGGACGUGGAGGCGGCAGAGGCAGCGCCGGUGUUCGUGAAGGGGCAGGUCGGGAACCAGGUUUGUAAAACCAAGCUGUUCCCGAACCGGACCGCGAACCCGGUCUGGAACGAGGAUCUGUUGUUCGUGAUCGCGGAGCCUUUCGAGGAGGCGUUGGUGUUGACGGUGGAGAGCAAGGUGGGUCCGACGAGGGACGAGGUGGUCGGGAGGAUGAGCAUCCCGAUGCACGUGUUGGAGAGGCGGAUGGACCACCGGCCGGUCCACUCGCGGUGGUUCAAUCUGGACCGGUUGGGCACGGAGCGGAAGUUCUCGACCAGGGUCCAUCUGAGGGCGUGUCUGGAAGGCGGGUACCACGUGUUGGAUGAGUCCACACUGUACAUCAGCGAUCAGAGGCCCACCGCCCGCCAGCUAUGGAAGCAGCCCAUCGGGAUUGUGGAGGUCGGGAUACUCAGCGCCAACGCCCUCCUCCCUAUGAAAGCGCGGGGCACCACCGACGCCUACUGCGUGGCCAAGUACGGCCACAAGUGGGUCCGGACGAGGACCAUAGUCGAGAGCUUCAGUCCCACGUGGAACGAGCAGUACACGUGGGAGGUGUACGACCCCUGCACGCUCCUCACGCUUGCUGUCUUCGAUAACUGCCAUCUCUCCGGAAGGGAUUCCAGAAUUGGCAAGGUUCGAAUCCGGCUAUCCACGUUGGAGACUGAUAAAAUCUACACACAUUCGUAUCCACUACUAGUGUUGCACCCCUCGGGAUUGAAGAAAAUGGGAGAGCUGCAGCUGGCAUUUCGAUUUACCUGCAUUUCCUUAACACAGAUGAUAUACUUAUACAGUAGGCCAUUGCUGCCUAAAACGCACUACAUUCAAGCAUUCACAAUAAGUCAGUUAGAUAAACUGAGGUACGAGGCAAUGAACAUUGUGGCAUCGAGAUUGGGGAGAGCAGAGCCUCCUCUGAGAAAGGAAGUGGUAGAAUACAUGCUAGAUGUGGAGUCGCACAUGUGGAGCAUGCGGCGGAGCAAGGCGAAUUUCUUCCGAAUAGCCUCCUUCUUCUCGGGCCUAGUGGGCACGGGCAGAUGGGUGCGGCAAGUGUGCGAGUGGAAGAACCCGAUCACCACGGUGCUCGUCCACGUCCUGUUGUGCAUCCUCGUGUGCUACCCGGAGCUCGUGCUCCCCACGGGCUUCCUCUACAUGUUUCUCAUGGCGGUGUGGAACUUGAGGCUCCGGGACAGCCAGCCUGCGCACGUGGACACCAAGAUGUCGUGGGCGGAGGGGGUGCACCCGGACGAGCUUGAUGAGGAAUUCGACACGUUCCCGACGUCGCGGCCUCAGGACGUGGUGCGUAUGAGGUAUGAUCGGCUUAGGAGUGUUGCCGGGAGGAUACAGAGCGUGGUCGGGGAUAUGGCGACGCAGGGAGAGAGGUUUCUUGCGUUGCUAAGCUGGAGGGAUCCAAGAGCAACCACCAUUUUCCUACUGUUUUGCCUCUGUGCAGCUGUUGUUCUCUUUGUUACUCCUUUCAAGAUUGUGACUCUUUUGUUGGGCUUGUUUUUGCUUAGGCAUCCAAGAUUUAGGAGCAAGAUGCCUUGUGCUCCAAGCAGCUUCUUCCGCCGAUUGCCCGCUCGAGUAGAUACCAUGCUCUAGUUCCUUUCUUUCUAAGUUUAUCAUCAUCUAUGUUAACUUCUUGCGUCAAAUCGCAUUUUAAAGAAAUUCAAACUUAAAUUCACUUUGACCGUCA